CGCCCAUAUAAUUGGAAUAUCUCUCUCUCUCGCUCUCUCAUUUUGUCCCUCAUUUUGCCAUUGUUGGUCGAAAGCUAAAUCCUUUUCGGUAAUCUCUUACUGGUGGUUUGAUUUGCUACAGCCAAGAUUUUGAUUUUCCGUAAUUGGCAUUGCCUAGAGUUUAUCUUCAUUUCGCUACAUCGGGAUUUAUUAGUUUUGGUUCUGAAUUUGGCAUACAUCUCUCUACUUGUGCCAUUUCCUGAUUUGGAUCAUAAGUGUGGAAAAUCCUAGUCUUGUUCUUAGGAUUGUGAGGAACACUGCUCGUGAAUACUUUCAACAAUUGUGAAAUCAAAUGGCUUGAUCAGGUAAUGAGUACUUCAAAAUUGGGACUUUGUUAGAAUCUUACAUCUCAUGAAGAGAAACGGAUGACAAAUUUUCUGGGGUCAGCAGAAGGAAGUACUGGUUUCUGCUUACGAACGAGACAAUGAGAAGUCCAUUGUUCAAGAGUGUUUCCUCGGUUUUCAGUCUUAGACCACGGAUCAGAGGGUUGCUUUUCUUCGUCGUCGGUGUUGUGGCUCUAGUUACCAUUCUAGCACCAUUGACAUCCACUUCAUAUGAUGCUUCUACUGCUUCAACACUUGUCCCCAACAUGUAUAGUAACUAUAGGAGGAUAAAGGAGCAAGCUGCUGUUGAUUAUCUGGAUCUAAGGUCUCUCUCCUUAGGUGCUAGUCUAAAAGAGUUUCCUCUCUGUGGUAAAGAGAGAGAAAGCUAUGUGCCUUGUUAUAACGUAACAGGGAAUUUGCUUGCUGGGCUUCAAGAGGGUGACGUGUUAGAUCGACAUUGCGAGUUUGAAAGAGAAAAGGAAAGAUGUGUAGUUCGUCCUCCAAGAGACUAUAAAAUUCCACUUAGGUGGCCACUUGGUAGAGAUAUCAUAUGGAGUGGGAACGUGAAGAUAACCAAAGACCAGUUUCUUUCGUCAGGAACCGUGACAACGAGGUUAAUGUUGCUUGAAGAGAAUCAAAUUACAUUUCACUCGGAAGAUGGCCUGAUCUUUGAUGGUGUCAAAGACUACGCUCAUCAAAUUGCUGAGAUGAUAGGUUUGGGAAGCGAUACUGAGUUUGCUCAAGCGGGUGUACGGACUGUGUUAGACAUUGGUUGCGGCUUUGGAAGCUUCGGUGCACAUCUAGUGUCUUUGAAGCUGAUGCCUAUAUGUAUAGCUGAGUAUGAGGCAACUGGGAGCCAAGUCCAAUUAGCUUUAGAGAGAGGCCUUCCUGCAAUGAUUGGAAAUUUCUAUUCAAAACAGCUUCCUUACCCAGCAUUGUCUUUUGACAUGGUCCAUUGUGCUCAAUGUGGCACUACUUGGGAUAUAAAAGAUGCAAUGCUACUUUUGGAAGUGGAUCGUGUUCUGAAACCCGGAGGGUACUUUGUUUUAACUUCUCCGACGAACAAAGCACAGGGAAACUUGCCAGACACAAAGAAAACAAGCAUCUCAACACGGGUGAAUGAGUUAUCUAAGAAGAUCUGCUGGAGUCUAACAGCACAGCAAGAUGAGACGUAUCUUUGGCAGAAAACUGCAGAUUCAGAUUGCUAUUCGUCUCGUUCGCAAGCUUCUAUACCUCUUUGCAAAGAUGGAGAUAGUGUUCCGUAUUACCACCCACUGGUUCCAUGUAUAAGCGGAACCACGAGUAAACGCUGGAUUCCUAUACAGAAUAGGUCUGCUAUUGCAGGAACAAACUCGGCUGACCUUGAAAUUCAUGGUAUAAAACCUGAAGAAUUCUUCGAGGAUUCACAAAUAUGGAGAUCAGCACUUAAAAACUAUUGGUCCUUGCUUACACCUUUGAUUUUCUCUGACCACCCAAAGAGACCCGGUGAUGAAGAUCCUCUCCCUCCUUUUAACAUGAUACGCAAUGUGAUGGACAUGAAUGCUCGUUUCGGGAACUUAAACUCUGCUUUACUUGACGAAAGAAAAUCCGCUUGGGUAAUGAACGUUGUACCUGUCAAUGCACGUAACACUCUUCCUAUCAUACUUGAUCGUGGCUUUGCCGCUGUUCUACAUGACUGGUGUGAACCAUUCCCUACAUAUCCCCGAACAUACGACAUGCUUCAUGCCAAUGAACUUCUCACACAUCUUAGCUCCGAACGGUGCAGCCUAAUGGACUUGUUCUUGGAGAUGGAUCGGAUUCUUCGCCCCGAGGGAUGGGUUGUUCUCAGCGACAAGCUGGGAGUAAUCGAGAUGGCACGUGCACUUGCAGCUCGAGUGCGUUGGGAAGCACGAGUCAUUGAUCUUCAAGACGGUAGCGACCAAAGACUUCUUGUCUGUCAAAAACCGUUUCUCAAAAAAUAAAUCAAAAAGCAACGUCUAAAAAAAAUUAUGCUUCUUUUACCAUAAACAACACUCACUAGUCACUACACAGUCUUUUCACCAAUCCAAUCAUGCCUCUUGCAAAUUCUGGAGAGAAAUCAAUUUUUGUUUUUCCUCGGACAGAAGAACUUUGAGGAGGGUUUUGUAAGAGUGGAAGCUGUAGCUAUGAGUAGAAGAAAGAGUUAGCUUCAAUAUUCUUUUAUUUUUGUUUUUGAAAUUUUGCUCUGGAACAGAGCUGUAGCUAUACAUUUUCGUUCAUCCAUUUUUGUUGUUUGCUCUUUAAUUUUGUAAACGAGAUUACUCUUUUUGGAAAGUGUAUUUUUUGAAGGUUUGAGAUGAUAUCAUG